GAAACGGGAGCCUAAAAAGAGGACACCAGAUGUCAGAGAUGUGCUCGACGUAGAAUAGCCAGGACUCAGUGUCUCAUUUCAUGGAGGUUUGGGCAAGAUUGGGAAGCGGGCAGUUUGAUCAGCAGAGACAGAGCGGCAGGUUUCUCAGGGGAGACAAAUGAAGCUUUGAGCUCCCGGCGCCCCAUCCAAGUUAGAUCAUGUCUGUAUAACCGCUCCUCAAGCCUGCCGUGCCUCUUCCUGUUCUUUGCACGUCUGCUUUUCAUUUCGUCCCUCAUCAUCCAUCACAGUUCCACCAAAUGUUUAAAGUCCGACUUAAAUAUGAUCUCCUUUAAGGAGUCUCCACUAGGACCUCCUCCCUCAGACCCAAAGUGUCCUGAGCCACUUUCAUGGACUUAUCCCAUAAUACGGGGCUCUUUUGAUCUGUGCUUUCUGUCAGAUUGUCCAUUUCAGGGAGGACAGGCACAGUGUCAUCAUUAAACUGUGUCUCCAUGCACAUCGCCUAUGGUGCCCACCAGCGGUCAAUGUUUGAAUGAAUGAAUGCUCUUAGAGUCAGAACGACAGGAUUGGGCCGCUGGGAGACAUGGGGCGGAGAGUAGAUCGGAGAGUCCUCUACUUAGAAUUGCUAAACGAAGCCAUGGCAAUGGCCAGGAUUUCAAAGGAAGGCAUGUAACAAGCUAGAAGAAGAAGAGCCAGGGCAAAAAGAAGAGAGGGAGAGUAUUGAGGCUAAAGAAGAACCAGGGGGUACAAUAUCAUGAAGUGGAUGGAGAGCUGUCACAAAGGACAUAGUUUUUAGUGUCAGCCCAUGAGGACAGGCCAAGGAAUAGGAGAAUUGUAUACAGUUCAAUGAAUAUAAAUGAUGAAGUCUUAAAUUGGGGAAAGAUUUUUUUCAAGAGAGGAAUUGAGGUCCACAGCAAAAUUAAAAUGAAAUGAGUAGGUGACCAGGAACGUGGAAACAGUGAUCAAGCCAGAAACUUUUUUUUCCAAUCUGGGUUACCUCAGCCUGUUUUAGCACAGAUAUGGGCAUUAGCUGACAUGAACAAUGAUGGAAGAAUGGAUCAGAUAGAAUUUUCCAUAGCAAUGAAACUUAUCAAACUGAAGCUCCAAGGUUAUCAGUUACCUGCUGCACUUCCUCCUGUCAUGAAACAGCAACCUGUUGCUAUUUCUGGUGCACCCACAUUUGGUAUAGGAGGCAUUGCCAGCAUGCCACCUCUCACAGCUGUUGCUCCAGUCCCAAUGGCAUCAAUUCCAGUAGUAGGAAUGUCCCCACCUCUCGUAUCUUCUGUUUCCACAGCAGCAGUUCCUCCCCUGGCUAAUGGCACUCCUUCUGUCAUACAACCUCUGCCUGCUUUUGCUCAUCCUGCCACGUUGCCAAAGAGUUCUUCUUUUAGUAGAUCCGGUCCAGGUUCCCAGUUAAAUACAAAACUGCAGAAAGCACAGUCAUUUGAUGUGGCGAGUGCCUCUCCUGUGGCAGAAUGGGCUGUCCCUCAGUCAUCAAGACUGAAAUAUAGGCAACUGUUCAAUAGCCACGACAAAACAAUGAGUGGACAUUUAACAGGUCCUCAAGCAAGAACUAUUCUUAUGCAAUCAAGUUUACCACAAACUCAGCUGGCUACAAUAUGGAAUCUUUCAGAUAUUGAUCAAGAUGGGAAACUAACAGCAGAAGAAUUUAUUCUGGCAAUGCACUUAAUUGAUGUGGCUAUGUCUGGCCAGCCCCUGCCACCAGCACUGCCUCCAGAAUAUAUUCCUCCUUCGUUUAGAAGAGUUCGUUCUGGCAGUGGUAUAUCUGUUAUAAGCUCUGUAUCUGUAGACCAAAGGUUACCAGAGGAACCAGUGUUAGAAGAGGAGCAGCAACAGCUGGAAAAGAAGUUACCUGUGACAUUUGAAGAUAAAAAACGUGAAAAUUUUGAACGAGGUAACCUGGAACUUGAAAAGAGAAGACAGGCUCUCUUAGAACAGCAGCGUAAAGAGCAGGAGCGCCUGGCACAGCUUGAACGGGCUGAACAGGAACGGAAAGAAAGGGAACGUCAGGAGCAAGAGAGAAAAAGGCAGGUGGAGCUGGAAAAACAGCUGGAAAAACAGCGGGAACUGGAACGUCAGAGGGAAGAAGAGAGGAGGAAGGAAAUUGAAAGACGUGAGGCUGCAAAAAGAGAACUUGAAAGACAACGACAACUGGAGUGGGAACGGAAUCGAAGGCAAGAACUAUUAAAUCAAAGGAACAAAGAACAAGAAGACAUAGUUGUUUUGAAGGCCAAGAAGAAGACUUUGGAAUUUGAAUUAGAAGCUCUAAAUGAUAAAAAACAUCAACUCGAAGGAAAACUUCAAGACAUCAGGUGUCGAUUAGCCAUGCAAAGGCAAGAAAUAGAAAGCACAAACAAAUCGAGAGAACUUAGAAUUGCUGAAAUCACCCACCUGCAGCAGCAAUUACAGGAAUCUCAGCAAAUGCUUGGAAGGCUAAUUCCUGAAAAACAGUUACUCAAUGACCAAUUAAAACAAGUUCAACAAAACAGUUUGCACAGAGAUUCUCUUCUUACACUUAAAAGAGCCUUAGAAGCAAAAGAACUUGCUCGUCAGCAACUGAGAGACCAGCUGGAUGAGGUUGAGAAGGAAACUAGAUCAAAGCUACAGGAGAUUGAUAUUUUCAAUAAUCAGCUAAAGGAACUAAGAGAAAUACAUAACAAGCAACAGCUUCAAAAACAAAAGAAUUUAGAAGCGGAAAGGUUGAAACAGAAAGAAAAAGAGAGGAAAACAGUAGAACUAGAAAAGCAAAAAGAGGAAAGCCAAAGACGUUCCCAGGACAAGCAGUGGCUUGACAGAGUUCAACAAGAUGAAGAGUAUCAACGGCCAAAAAAACUCCAUGAUGAAGAGAAACUAAAGGAAGAAACAGUCAAGAAAAAGGACGGUGAGGAAAAAGGCAAACAGGAUAUGAAAGAGAAGCUGACUAAGCUUUUCCAGCAACAUCAGGAACCAGCUAGGCCCGCUCUCCUGGCCCCUAGCUCAUCCACAGAAAAAGGACCAUUUGCUAUUUCUACUCAAGAGGAUGUAAAGGUAGUGUAUUACCGGGCAUUGUACCCUUUUGAAUCAAGGAGCCAUGAUGAAAUCACCAUCCAGCCUGGGGACAUAGUCAUGGUGGAUGAAAGCCAAACUGGAGAACCUGGGUGGCUUGGAGGGGAAUUAAAAGGAAAGACGGGAUGGUUUCCAGCAAACUAUGCAGAGAAAAUCCCAGAAAAUGAGAUCCCCACCCCUCUGAAACCAGCAGCUGACUCUGCACCUCUGCCCGCACCUAAACUUGCUUUACAUGAAACCCCAACUCCUGUGACAGCAACCUCAUCAGAAUCAUCUACAACUUCCAAUAACUGGGCAGAUUUUAGCUCCACGUGGCCAACAAACACUAAUGAAAAGCCAGAAACAGAUAAUUGGGAUGCAUGGGCAACUCAGCCUUCUCUUACUGUUCCAAGUGCAGGGCAGUUAAGGCAAAGAUCUGCCUUUACCCCAGCUACUGUGACGGGCUCGUCGCCAUCUCCUGUUUUGGGCCAGGGUGAAAAGGUAGAGGGGCUACAAGCACAAGCUUUGUACCCAUGGAGAGCCAAAAAGGACAACCAUUUAAAUUUCAACAAAAAUGAUGUCAUCACAGUCCUGGAACAGCAAGAUAUGUGGUGGUUUGGAGAAGUUCAAGGUCAAAAGGGUUGGUUCCCAAAGUCUUAUGUGAAGCUCAUUUCAGGACCCAUAAGGAAAUCAUCAAGCAUGGAUUCAGGUUCUUCAGAAAGUCCUGCUGUUCUAAAGAGAGUAGCAUCACCAGCAGCUAAACUUUCGAUACCAGGAGAAGAAUAUAUUGCCAUGUACACUUAUGAGAGUUCUGAACAAGGCGACUUAACCUUUCAGCAAGGAGAUGUGAUUUUGGUGACAAAGAAGGAUGGUGAUUGGUGGACAGGCACUGUGGCUGACAAAUCUGGAGUCUUUCCUUCUAACUACGUGAGGCUUAAAGACUCCGCUGAGGUCCCUGGAGCUUCUGGGAAAGCAGGGAGUUUAGGAAAGAAACCUGAAAUUGCCCAGGUUAUUGCAUCUUAUACUGCUACUGGACCUGAACAGCUUACCUUGGCACCUGGACAACUCAUUUUGAUCCGGAAGAAGAAUCCAGGAGGAUGGUGGGAAGGAGAACUUCAAGCUCGUGGGAAAAAGCGUCAGAUAGGCUGGUUCCCAGCUAAUUAUGUAAAACUUUUAAGUCCUGGCACCAGCAAAGUCACUCCAACGGAGCCACCGAAGUCAAUAGCACUACCUGCAGUGUGCCAAGUGAUUGGUAUGUACGAUUACACUGCCCAGAAUGAUGAUGAGCUGGCAUUCAACAAAGGCCAGAUCAUCAAUGUUCUUAAUAAGGAAGAUCCUGAUUGGUGGAAAGGAGAAGUCAAUGGACAAGUGGGGCUCUUCCCAUCCAAUUAUGUGAAAAUGACAACAGACAUGGAUCCAAGCCAGCAAUGGUGUGCAGAUUUACAUCUUUUGGAUAUGUUGACACCAACAGAAAGAAAACGACAGGGAUAUAUCCAUGAGCUACUUGUUACAGAAGAGAAUUAUGUCAAUGACCUGCAGUUAGUCACAGAGAUCUUUCAGAAACCGCUGAUGGAGUCUGAGCUGCUGACAGAAAAAGAGGUGGCUAUGAUUUUUGUUAACUGGAAGGAGCUGAUAAUGUGUAAUAUCAAACUGCUGAAAGCCCUGAGAGUUCGAAAGAAGAUGUCUGGUGAGAGGAUGCCCGUGAAGAUGAUCGGCGACAUCUUGACUGCCCAGUUGCCCCACAUGCAGCCUUACAUCCGGUUCUGUAGCUGCCAGCUAAACGGGGCAGCCCUCAUCCAGCAGAAGACGGAUGAAGUCCCCGAGUUCAAGGAUUUUGUCAAAAGAUUAGCUAUGGAUCCUCGAUGUAAAGGGAUGCCACUCUCUAGUUUUAUAUUGAAGCCUAUGCAACGGGUAACAAGAUACCCACUAAUUAUUAAAAAUAUUUUAGAAAACACUCCUGAAAACCACCCUGAUUACAGCCACUUGAAGCAUGCUCUCGAGAAGGCUGAAGAAUUGUGUUCCCAAGUCAACGAAGGUGUGCGUGAGAAGGAGAAUUCGGACCGGUUGGAGUGGAUCCAAGCCCAUGUACAGUGUGAAGGCCUGUCUGAGCAACUUGUCUUCAACUCAGUCACCAAUUGCUUGGGACCCCGGAAGUUUCUGCACAGUGGGAAAUUGUACAAAGCCAAGAGCAACAAGGAACUGUAUGGCUUCCUUUUCAAUGACUUUCUCCUUCUGACCCAGAUAAUAAAGCCUUUGGGUUCUUCUGGGACUGACAAGGUCUUCAGCCCCAAAUCGAAUCUGCAGUAUAAAAUGUAUAAGACGCCUAUUUUCCUCAAUGAAGUCCUAGUAAAAUUACCCACUGACCCUUCUGGAGAUGAGCCCAUCUUCCACAUUUCCCACAUCGAUAGAGUCUACACACUCCGUGCAGAGAGCAUAAAUGAAAGAACUGCCUGGGUACAGAAAAUUAAAGCUGCUUCUGAAUUCUACAUUGAAACUGAAAAAAAGAAGAGGGAAAAGGCAUACUUAGUGCGCUCCCAAAGAGCAACAGGUAUCGGAAGGUUGAUGGUGAACAUUGUUGAAGGCAUUGAAUUAAAGCCCUGUUGGUCACAUGGUAAGAGUAACCCCUAUUGUGAAGUGACAAUGGGCUCCCAGUGUCAUAUUACCAAGACGAUACAGGACACGCUGAAUCCUAAGUGGAAUUCCAACUGCCAGUUCUUUAUCAAGGACCUAGAGCAGGAUGUUCUCUGCAUAACGGUGUUUGAGAGGGACCAGUUCUCCCCUGACGAUUUUUUGGGUCGGACAGAAAUUCGUGUGGCCGACAUCAAGAAAGACCAGGGGUCCAAGGGGCCAGUUACCAAAUGCCUCCUCCUACAUGAAGUUCCAACAGGAGAGAUUGUUGUCCGACUAGAUCUCCAGCUUUUUGAUGAACCCUAGUGGGGCACGGCUCCCACUGUAGCCUUCCCAUCCUGGCACUAGAGCCCUACAGAAACUGUCUGGAAUUUGGUAUUAUUUUUCUAAGUAGCCAUUGCUCUUCAUUCAUCUAUAAAGUAAUGGGGUCAAAUUAGGGGCGAGGGGCUCCCUGAGCUUUUACGAUGACCUUUUGACAAUCUCUCAAAGUGAACAAUCCUAAUUUGUGAGGCAAAUCUGUGUUUCCACACGUAGGCUUUCGCUCUCGUUUCUUGGGUUUCUGAAAUUCUCAAACCAGAGCCAAAACUGAUUCCUGUUCAGAAAAACGUCUGACCUGUCCUAUCAUUGGCCCCGCUUGUUUUCUUUACUGUCUAGUGCAACAUCUCUGUUCUUGGAAGACUGCGUAACUCUUCCUUUGUCUGCCACCUUGUAGCCCCAAUGCCUAGGCUCUUUGACAAUGACUUCAGUCCCUUGUCCCUGGUGUAGAGACAGAUUGUGCGUGGAGACCAUCGAGGGCGUGAGGUCUCCAGCCCCUUCAGAAGAAAGUCUGCACAGUUCUCAUCUGGAAUGCUGACGUGUGACCAUUUGGCAUAGACGGUCUUCUGAACGUGCCAUAGAAUUGGGCUUUUAAGAGCUAGUUGAGCCGAAGAAUCCUGCUGUUGUUUCCUUGCUACUCUAGUUAGAGGGGAAUAGACAGAACAGCAGUUAAUGGGUAAAAAGAAAUCAUUCAACUGUCACGCAGUUGGGGAGAGAUUGUUAGCAUGUUUGAAAAUGGCCUUUUCAAAAAGUCUCACUAUGAAUUUAGCAAAAUCACUCCCAGCUACUGUCAUUGGUCUGUUGAAACCCUACUUGUGUGAACACUGAUUGUACUGUAAUGGCCAACAGUGCUGGAAAAAAUCCCAAACUGAUCGACCCAGAGAUAUUGUAGCAUUUAUUUCAUGACGAAGGCCAUCUACUGAGGACCAGUCAUAAGCCUGUUUGGUGUUUGAAUGUGUCUGACCUUGAAUGUGAGGAAAAAUGGAAGCAGCUGUUCUUGGGGUCCUGACCAAGAAACAUAUCUGGGCUGCCAGGCAUCUUUCCGAAAGUCUAAAAGAAGGAGAAGGCGGCCAAAGGGAAAGGAUGGAGUAGAACAAAGGGGAGAAAAUCCAUUCUUUUUGUGAGGCAGAGAGGAAAACAGAUUCACAGAGAUUCUCUAUCCCAACUGCCAAGGACGAGAGGGCAUCUACUCCCAGAAGAAAAAGUGGAUGCGUGACGAGCGCUAAGCUGUGAAGCAAAGCGGUAUUCUGGGGAGGUCUCUGCUCUCUUGCUUAAAGGCCAGGGAUUCCGGUGGUAUUUAGGCAAUCACUUUGUUUCCUAGUUGGAAGGGGUGGGUUGUUUUUGUUCGCAUGUUGGUUAGUUAAGAGUUCACGUAAACCCUGAUCUCUGUAGGCUGUAUGGUUCUUGCAUGUUCUCUCUGGUAGUGAUUUGUCUCUUUCCUAUAUUCGGUGGUGUUCUUUCUGCUAUGGAUCUUUACGAUGUAGAUUAGGAUUGUGGAGAAAUCUUUUUAAGUGCUAGGUAGGCUAUGGUGUAGACUCUGUACAUCGUGGUGUGAUUUCCUGUAAGGGCACUGUUUUGUUUCAAGAAAUGAAAACAAAUUGUACUAUGUUGGAAGAACAACAAAGUUUACAUUUCAUACUUCGAAGAAACAUUUUAUUAUUUAUUUAUUAAAGAUAGUGUAAAAUUUUGUAUCAGAAAUAAGAGACAUAAGUAUUUUUUGAACCUGAGAUACAAUCUUUAGUUAGAAACAUUCAACGGAGCAAGGUUAGACCUAGUUUUAUCCCAGGAAUGCAUAUGUCGACCACUUAUUGACAGCAAACACUUUAAAAUAUCUUCAGUUUAUAUUUUUCAAUGUUGUUGAGGAAAUGUUUGGAACCAAAUCUAUAAACAGACAUGAAACUCAUGCUUUUGUACUUAUCAGAGGACUGGCUUCAAAUCUCACCUCUGACAUCUGCUCCCUGUGUGACCUUGGACAAGUCACUCAACCUCCCUGGGCCUCAGUUUCCUCAUCUGUAAAAUGAGGGGUUUGGAAUAGAUGGCCUAUGAGGUCCAUACCAGCUUAAGAUUUAUGAUCCUACUUUCUAUAUUAUUACAUUUUAUUAAAUUGAAUGUUCCUGAAGUCUAUAGUGUUGUGAUAGGACAAAGCAUUAUUAAAACUAUUCCUGUGGAGUUGUGUUGACCUGCUGUGUUCAGCUCUUCUUUACGUCCCUGUUUUCCCCCCGUUAUCUUAAACGAACUAAAUGUUGACUCUUUUGCAUAUAUUCCCAGUGGCAGCAUCUUAUGUCCUUUUCGGAUGUGCUAUCACUCAGUGCAGAUUCCAGAAGCAGAAUCAUGAUACGUGAAAAACAAAAGAUUAGUCCUUUAUUCUGUCCGCAAGUGUCUAGUUUCCUUUGGAUGCUCUUUUAGCCAAGGUCUAGAUGUUGAUGUUAUUGUUGUUGUGUACCAGUAUGAUCUGCCCGACUAUACUCUGUAGAUGAAUCAAGACGAUGUUAAGAACUUGUCUGCACCCAUCCGUGGAGGACGUCUCCAAGCCUUGUCCUCUUUCCAGGUGACAGAUUUAUAGGUGAAUGGAGGUGGUUGGGGUCCCAUCUCCUCGGUUUUCUCUUUCACUGUGGUCUCUUUAGCUCAUAUUCUUUGGGAUAAAACAUUAUGUUUUCUUCCUUCCUGCUUAUAUUUGUUGUGAUCCUCUCCCCCCCACCUGCACUACAGGUGAUGAGUGACAUGGGUGAAUGCCUCAGUUGUUUGUUCUAAAACUAGAUGAAAAUCAUCCCAGGAUAGGGCUGGUCACAAGUUGCCAGUGUUUGCCUCAAUUUGGGAAAUCCUCUUCCUUUUCACUUUGGGAUGGACUUGCUUUCAAUUUAACACUUGGUUUGUUCUUGGUUUUGUUUUUGUAUCACCACCAGAUAUCUAAUAAAAAGAAUAACACAUAGUAGGUGCUAUUGAAUUGAAUCACUUCAAAAAUGUCACUUGUUUUUUAUUUAGUGUUAGCAUUUAUGUGCUAUAAAUUCCUCAACAUUCCUUUAAGAUAAGUCUGCACAUUUGUGUUAUGCAUCAUACAUAUUAGAUUUUUAAAAUUAUUAUACUUAAAAAUCCCUUCCUUUUCUCCCCUGUUAAAUUGAAUGAGUAGACUAAUUUCCUAUCCAAAAAUUUCCUUAGGGUUCUGCAUCCUGCAAGGUGGAAAGAAUGGGAUGUUACUCUACCUCUCUUCAUCCCCAAAGUGAUGCUUUUUGUACCAUGGACCAAAAAAACGACAUCGAUUUAGUGUGAAGUCUUUGUCUUCACCAUUACACGAAGAACUUUGUGGCAGACGUUGACAACAGACUUUGGUAGCUAGUGUUUUGCUACAUCAGUGCUCCCAGGAGGAAGAAAAGCAAACCCAUAUCCACCUUCAAGUGCCAUUUGCCUUGCUAACAUCAUUUCCCCUGGUAUCUGGAGAGAGUGCCCGCCUGAUGUCCUAGCCAGCUGAAGGGCUGUCUUGUAUAUUUCCAAUCCAGUCCAACCUCAAAGCAUCUCGGGAUCAGGCAAGGCUGAGGGAGUGUCCUGAAGAUCAACAGUUUGAUGAAUAUCAAGUAUACUUCCUGGGUUUAAUAGUCCAAAGUAACUUGGGGAGCCCUCAAGGUAUAAGUCCAAUAACUAAUUCCCCUAGCCUUAACAGUGGAUUUGACUAUUUCGAGUUUGCAAACAGCAGUAAAACUUCAUAGGAUUUUUAUCAUCUUCCCUCUGCCCUUCUUUUUUUGACAUAAAAAAAUCUUACCUUCUGUCUUAGUAUCAGUUCUAAGACAGAAGAGUGGCAAGGGCUGGGCAAUGGGGGUUAAGUGACUUACCCAGGGUCAUACAGCUGGGAAGUGUCUGAGGCCAAAUUUGAGCCCAGGUCCUCUCCACGCUGGGCCUGGCACUCUACCCACUGUGCUACCUAACUGUCCUUUCUUUUUGACAGUUUAUAGCAUGAGUACUUAAAGUAUAAAAAUAGUUUUCCCUCUUACCCUAUUGAAUAGCAUCAGUUUGGAGGUUUAUUUUUUGGAGGUGAUUUCAGUGUUGAAGAUUACUCCCAGUGAAGGGAGGGAACAAGAAGAAAAUGGGGGGGGGGGGGAUCCAAUUCCCAUUUCAUUAGCAUUUCCUAGAUUAAGGAGUUAAUACUUUGUGCAACCCUGCCUCACUUAAAUUCAGUUCAUGCACAAGUCAAGACAUCAGCCAAUGGUCCUUUGCAAAAAUGAAGAAUGAAUAGCAAUAGUAGUGAAUAGGGGAAGAGUCAGUGUGCUGGGACUCACCAUGGAGAAGGCCAAGUCUGAGAGGAGAUCUUUAAGCCUGAGAAUAUCAGAGGGUUCUUGCUCAGGACUGUUUACCGGUGUUGAGCAUCUGCCCAGGGUCCUUUUGGACUUAAAGACUGUUUAGAUUAGAAAGAGAAGUUAAACCAGGAAGGAUUGGAAUAAACAAAUGAGGAAACUCUAGAGCAGUGUUUUCAGCUGCCUAAUUAGGGGCCGGUAGUAGUCUACAACCAAUUGUGACUCAUUUCCCCAAUUUUCCCCCCCACAAGUCCAUUCUUCUUAAAACAUGUAUACGUAAGAGCAUUAAUGGUCUUCUUUUCUGUUGGACUUGCUCCUCUCACCCUAAGUCACUCAUUGUGGCUUUAUUGGCAUAGUCAUUCUUGGGAGAGAUGUGACUGGUUUGUAAUCCGAUUUAAGUAGAGAAACACUACUUUAGGACCACGUACAAGGAGAAGCCACCCAUUAAUGCCUUAGUGAACUGUGGGCCUUGUGGUUUUCUUUCUGGCUGGCACUCACCCAACUUGAGCUGAAUUAGAGACACUCUGAGGUUGUACUGGAUUAGAAAGAUGUAAGAGGGAGCCUCAGCUGGCUAGGUCAGACUGGACCUGGCACUCCUGAAUCCUGGGGGAAAUGGUUUUUAUUAAGGACUAUAUGCUAAAUGGCAUUUGAAGCUGCAUACGCAGGGUUUACUUUCCCAAUUUUUCUAAUUUCAUGUUUGUUUGUUCUUUUUUAAACUGGUAGAGAAAGGGAAGGGAUGUCGAGGAAAAGACUUCCAAAUGAGAUGAGAUCACGUGAAUUGUCUCAGUAGUAAGAAAAUAUGGGCUAUGCUUGUGGUUUUAUAGGUAGGUGUGUGUGUGUAUGUGUGUGUGUGUGUGUGUGUGUGUGUGUGUGUGUGUGUGUGUCCCACCUUUAUUUAACUGACCUCUAGUGACCCUUUCUUUCUUCACCAGCUUUUAGGGGUCACAACAUGGGCUUUAUGGCAGACACUAGCACUUUAUCAUGGGCAUCUGACUGUAACGGGUUAAGAUGACUAGAGCCUUGGAUGUUCAGGGCGGGCAUUUGUCUUUAUCCAGAACAGAUUGCUUCUGAAGGGUAAGACCUUUUACUUGUUAAGGUAAGUCAAAGAAAGCCACAGUUGUUGAUUAGCUAGCACAGCUUUCUGUUCUUUUUUUUCCUUCUGUGCUUUUAAGUUCUGGAGAUCUUAGAGAGCGGCAUCCUGAACCCAAUGGGGCCCUCGGACACUGUGGUCUAAGUGCUUUCAGCUUUUACAGAGGGAGCUUACUAAAGCUGCCAUCUCUUCUCUUUGCACACUGCGAUCCCGAGAUGCCCGCUCCUGGCUUUUGCCCAGUGAAUCUUGUAUAUUAUUGCUGUUUAUUUUUCCACGAGGGUGCUUUGCAGCCAUCACUGAUGGAUAAAUAGAUGGGAUGGUCAGACUCUUUCCUUUGUCAAUGAAGUGUCCCCUCAGAGUGCUGGGUUGGGCACAUUGGAAGGUGGUGGCAAUGAGGAGGUUGGUUCAGAUAAGCCCUUUCUUAUUUCUCAGCUGGUUACCUGAUAGUUACUUUCCAAAGAGAGAUGAGAAGGAAUUGCUUCUCCAAAAGCAUGAUCCAAAUGAGGAACUCAGAAGACUAGGGAAAAUGAAAAAGCUUAUAUGUAGUCUUGGCUUGGCCUCAGUUUCCUUAGCUCUGUGGUGAGGAGUUAGGGUAGAUCACCUCUUAAAAGUCUCCUCCAGUUCUAACAGUUUAUAAUUCUAAAAUGCGCAUUGAAUACUAGCCGAUUCUUUUGUCUGAAAAUUGGGUAUAUAUUAAGGCAGAAAUGGGUAUCCAACAGUUGCCUCCAGUCCCUUUUAGCCUAAAUUAUAGGAAGAGUAGGAAUCACUGCUAUAUACACAAUCAGUCCUUAGGGGCCUCCUGACACUGAACAGCUAAUAGAAAAAUUAGUAGCUUUGGGCUCAGAAUAGCUGUGCUUAGUACUGGCUGUGUGACCUAGAGUGAGUCAUUUCCCUGCUGUUGUCCCCAGCUUCUUCAUUUGUAAAAUGGGGAUUGGAGUAGUUGUUCUCUAGAUUUCCUUCUGCCCUAAAUCCUCUGAUCUAUUCGCCAAGCAUUUCUUAUACAUCUCUUUCCUCUAUGCCCUUCAUUCCUCUACCAUUCCUUUCAUUAGAGGCUACUUGCUAAAGGCUACCUUUUCCAUGGGUAGUCUGGACUCCUCAUUCCCUUCAGCUCCUUAGUUAAUAAUAUUAAAUGUUGUAAAGGUUCAACAUAUAUUUAAUUGAGCCACAAAAUAAUCUUUUGCCUGGACUUUAGAGAUACUAUUGUCUCUACAAGUAAGGAAAUUGCAACUCUGAAAAAUAGAACCUAAGGUGUUCCUGAUUCCAAAUCACCCAGUAUGCACUACGCCACACUGGCUGUCUAGAAAAAAUAGCAGUUAAGUAAGUGGGAUCCAUGAUGCUCUAGUACAGGAGUUCUUAGCCUUUUUUAUGUGUUAUGGACCCCUUUGACAGUCUGGUGAAGCUUAUGGAUAACUUCUCAGAAUACUGUUUUUAACUGAAUCAAAUAAAAUAUUUGGGAAGUACAAAGGACAUUGAUUGUAUUGAAAAAUAACUAUCCAAAUAUGUCUAAAAAACAUAAUUUCACAGACCCCAAGUUAAGAACCUCUGGUCUAGAAAUAGAUGAUCUUAGGGAUGAAUUACCUAUAGAUCUCCUUUGAAAGCUACAGCUGAUCUGUGACCCUAAUGAAUCUAUUUCUCAUUAUUUCCCAGACUACUUACUUUGUUCUUUUCUGGAAGAAAAUGUAUUGGUCUUUGACUUUAGGUGAAGUUGGCAGAAAACGAUGCCAAGAGAGAACAAGAGUAUACAUUGAUUGGUGGUUUAGCUUCAUGAUGUGGCAUGAGGAUAUGGGCAAGUGACCUAGGAGUCUUCAAUGGCUCAUCUGUAAGAUGAUCUCUCAGGGCCUUCCCUCUAAUGUCCUGUAUUUCUCUGAAAUAAGUCAGUCAUUUUCUGAGAGUGAUUGAUGGCAUGAGCACCACACCCUCCUCUUCUUGUGUACCUCUCCUUCCACCUGUGCCCUUUGGACGUUGGCCAUUUACAUGUGCCAAAUGAAGAUGUGAGGGAAGACGGGAUGCUUACAACUUACUUUGGAAGAGAUAAUAAAAAGGAAGGAGACUUGUUUGAGCCACUGCCUCAGAUGAUACCCACUUAUCCCACUUCCUCUCAUCACAUAACUACUGGCUCACCCUAUAAUCGGAAUGUUACGGAUUCAUUUAUUAUCUUCAGCAUUUGUGACAACAAAGUCUUGUUCAGGUGGAACGAAGCUCCUCUCUCUGUGUCUCUGUCUGUUUGUCUGCCUUUUGACUUUAGACUUGCUCUCAUCUCUAUUUAAUCCUUCCUAGGGACACAGACACAGACACACAAAGGAGGAUAAAAUAACUGCUUUAUUUCAAAGACAUGCAAAAUGCCACUCUUAAAAAAACAGGCUCAGUACAAGGUAAGCGACAGUCACUAGUUUUGUUCUCAGGGAACAGGAGCAGCUGCAACCAUUGUGCAUCAUGCUUCAUGUGGCUUCCACAUAGUUCUGCUGGAGUUUUUUCCGAACCUUCAUUCCUGGUUGGGGUGGUAGCAGCAGGAGCAGUAACAACACUGGGCAGCUUCCCAGCACAGCUGUCUCCUUUCCCUCUUUCCCAGAGGACCUCACAUCCUCUCUCUCACCCUCCCUCCCAGUGCAACUUCCUCACUUCUCAUUUCUUGGGAACUUCCAUCUCUCCUUUCUUUAGAGGAGGAGAGAAUGAAGACUGUCCCUUUUCAACCCUGCCACAGCCUCGAUAGUCCUUGGGUCAGAAGGCACUGAGGAUUUCUGUCCUGUUCUGUGGGCAUAUGUCUUGGCAGCUCAUCAGUUCCUUAGAGAAAGCACUAUGCAGGGACGAGUGGGGGAGAAGGCAUCCUCUGUGGUGUUGGCUAAACAUUCUGAAGCAUCAAUUAUUUUCAUCUGUAAAAUGAGGGAGUUGGACUCGAUGACCUCAAAGGACCAUAAAUCUGUGGAUUACCUACCAGUAGGGACAACUAAAGAAGAGAAGCUUAGGGGAACUGUCUAAUGUUUGUUCAAAGUCUACCCCGACAGAAUGAAAAACCCAUUCACUGACACCGGAGAAUGGUGGCAUCAGUCACAGAACAACAACGUUCAUGGUGGAGAAUAGGGAACUCAAAUUAGUCAUUUCAAUGAUACCCAACACUUAGCAGACAAUUCCUCUCAGAUGAACCUCUGAUUCUUCAUGCCAUCACCGUUUUCUACAAAUAAUUGAACAUUUCUUCUAGCUCCCAUUCAGCUCCACCUUUUACAGAAUAUGGCAGUUCUCCUUUUUUAUAGCACCGGCAUUAGAAGGCAAGACAGCACCCACUGGAUAGGACAACAAACAGUUAUUACAUAGUGCCAUAUGUAAGGCACCAUGCUAAGCACUGCCCAUACAAAUAGGCCUGUCUUCUCCAUUCUACUUCCAUCUACAUCACAAAUGAGUUCUUUUUCAGCGUGUGUUCUGGGCUACAUACUUUGGGGUACCCACAGCAUAGCUUGUGUUGAGACAGAUUUUAAAAUGGGGGUGUCUAAUAUUGAAUACAGGCUGAGGUGCUAUCAGAAUUUAAAUUCUCAAAAAUGUGAUUUAGAGUAAACAGUGAACGUUCUUUGAGUCAUGAAAUCUCAUCGGCAGGUAGCUUAUUUAUUUGAGAGUAUCCAAUUUUUAAUGAAAAUUGGCCAAUAACCUGAAUCCAGGUUUUCUCUCAAUGCAGUGAUAGGAACGGGAAUGACUUCUGCUGGGAACUUUGAUCGAUAUUUAGUUGUUUAAAAUGGUGGGUAUGAGGUGUUCUAAAGAUACCUUCCCCAUGAGUUGCUCUUCUCCCAUUCCGUACAUUUCUAUCUUUUUUAAAAUCUAUCUUUUCAUUCUUUCCAUGUAUAGGAACAUUGAAUUAGGUCAAAGGAUUUCGAAUAAAAAGGGACCUUAGAGAUUAUGUAAUAUGUCUUCCUUUGACUUACCUAAGGCCGAGGGCUCAAAUACAUGAUCCACAACAUUCCUGAUUAUAGUCAAAGCAGAUCAAAAUGUAAUUGGGAAAUAUUUGACAAAAGAAAUAAAAAUGUAAUAAAACAGAUAAUAUCACAUUUUUUAAAAUUAAAUUAAAUUAAAUUUAUUAUUAUUAUUUUUUUGAAACCCUUACCUUCCAUCUUGGAGUCAAUACUGUGUAUUGGCUCCAAAGCAGAAGAGUGGUAAGGGCUAGGCAAUGGGGGUCAAGUGACUUGCCCAGGGUCACACAGCUGGGAAGUGUCUGAGGCCAUAUUUGAACAAUAUCACAUUUUAAAAGCAAGUUCAUAUGCUUGCUGCCUGCAGGAAUUCUUACACCGCCUUAAAUUCUAUUUGAGUUUGACACCACUGGCCUAUGGUCACACAGCAAGGAAGUGGCAGAGAUGGACCUCCAACUCCUAGUCUAGCGGUUGUUUAAUUUCAUCUUGGGGAAAAGAAAGUAUUAUAGGAGGAGGCUUCAGUACUCACUCCUUUCAACUCUUAGAAAGAUUCCAAAGUAGUACCACUGGGAAAGAUACUUUGUCAAUCCCACUAUUGAAUUUCCAGGGCUUCAUAUAGAAAAAUUCAAGAAAAAAAAAGUGUUUUCAAACCCAGGAGCAAAUCUCAAAUGAAAGAACAAAAAGCCAUCCAACCAUAGGUUGGUGAUGACAAGAAAAACAGAUUUUCAAGUCUUAGAGUUGGAAAGAACCAUAAAAGUAAAAAGUAAGACCCAGUGAAGUAAAUCAACCUGCUUAAGGUUAAAUAAAUAGUGGCAAAACAAAUACGAGAACCCUAAUAUCCUGAUACCCAAUCAGGUGUUCCUUCUGCUGUCAGAUGUUGUAUCUUAUAUUCACAUCUAUAAGGUAGAUGUCAUUGUACCUUUCUUCCUUUGCUUUAUUCAGGGCAGAAACGUAGAUACUUUUAGCUCCAGAUUUCUGGGCAGAGAAACUGUGUUUAAACUCUCCUUUCCCUAUACUUUGAGUUUGAGAGAUUAGGCACCACAAACAUUCCCUCACUCUACUCUGCAGAUAAGCCAGACCAGAACAGAGCAGUCCCAACUAUUAACCCCUCUCCCCUUCCAAGAACCAUCCUGGGGUAGCGUUAGCUCCUUCCUCCCUCCCUCCAGUAUUUUUUGGUGCCUUUCACUUCAGGGAUUUAAGGAAAUUAGUGGAAAUGACUACAGUGUAAUGAAGAAAGCCCACUGGGGUGUGAUAUGUGUGUGCUUGUGUAUGAGCAUGCCUGGCCGUGUGUCUUGGGGUGAGAUUAGGGGAAGAGACUAGUCAAAAUUUCUCCAAAAGAACAAUAUAUUUUAGUGUACUUAACAUGGGAAAUGAUUGGCACAUAUAAUUAGCAAAUUAACGGAAUAAAGUUAUCUAUAGUUUCUCCCUUCUUUGGAAGAAAAUAUCUAUUUAUAUUUCUAAAUCGUCUCUUUGAUCUUAUGCCAUCAGGGAUUUCCUGGGAGGGAGGAUUGCCCCUUUUGAUUUCUCUUGUCUUGCAGGGACAGCAAGUUUUCUAGAGUUUCCUGGACAAUACCAAUGUCAGGAAAAGAAAGGACGUUUCCGUGAGGUUUGCAAAAGGAAUAUAUUUUGUCAUAUUCUAUAUCCCAAUUUUGAGUGAAGAAAAUAUGGUCACCAUAUUUCUAGGUAUAGGAGGAGUUUGGAGCAGAUGACCGCUUGAAAGCACAGUAAUCAUUUACCAGUAGGAUUGGGGAGAAUAAGGAGAGAAGUGUGGGGAUGGAUCAGCAAUGGUCUGUGAUAUAUAUAUAUGAAUAUAUGAAGCAGAGUUUUGUUUCUCAGUGACAUGAUUAACUCCCAUCAAUAACCAUUCCUAGCCCUAAGCUGGAUAUGGAGGUGGUUCUACCCUACAUGGGUGAGAGUGUACCAAAGUCAUCACUUAGAUGACUGUCUUGGAUGAGAAACAGACCACCAGAUCCCAGAUGAUCAAAAAACUCAUUCUUGACAUGUUCAUUGUAGGAAGAUGAUUAUGAAAUGGAUUAGGCCACAUUUGUUACAUUCUAUAUCCUCAUUGGUGAUCUAUGGGAGAACAUGGACAAGAAUUGGUGAAUAUAUGGGAGAACAUGGACAAGAAUUGGUGAAUAUAUGGGAGAACAUGGACAAGAACUGUAGAGAACAGGCAGAUUCUAUGUUGCAGCAUUUGAGAGGUCAUUAGAUAGUGGAAUUUGAGAGCUGGAAGGCACCUCAGGGGCCAUCUCGUUCAAAUCCCUUAUUUUAGGUGUAUGUUACCAACUCGGGAAGAAAAACACCCUACUGUAUCUGUAGUCAAUUCAUCAAGCUCUAGAAAGUGGUCGCUCUUCAGAAUGAGAUGGUUUUGAGUCAUAUUUUCUCUGCUACAUGUAGCCCUUCCAGUUAUAACAAGUUGCAUCUUUGACCCAUUUGGUAGCUUUUGAAAUCUUUGAAAUUCUGUUUGUUUUAAGAAUAUUGGCUGAACUCUUACAUAUUUAGAAAAAUAACCCACCUCACGUCUUAGAAGUCUAUCUGGGAAUAGAACAUUUGUCAAGGUGAAUCUUGAUAGAGGGCCAAAACACAAGUUCUUAGUUUGUGUAACAGAAUGAAUCAACUGAGGCACCUCCACCUUAAAUAAAACUGUAAGCUCCAAGCAUUGUUUUUUCCAUUCUUUCUUUUUUUCUGCUUAAAUCCUUCAGAGAAAGAUAAUAUUGUCACAUGCCUGAGAUCGUAUAUUGUAGCAACAUCGACUUUUAUAGAAUUUUAAAUGUUCAUUUUUUCAGUCCCUAAAUUACAUACAUAUUCAUGACAUUUAAGAGUAGGUAUUCAGGCAAUAAUAGCUUUUUAAAUAUUACUGAUGUUUAAAGAAAUGUUUUUUAAAGAUACUUUGAAAGGUUGCUGUACACAGGAAUAGCAUUUGCUGUCACGUGGCAGUUCUAGCUCAGCCCUUGGAACAUUCCCUAGUAGAUAGCGAAGUUGGCCAUCACCUCAAUUGGCCUUCAUGUAGUAUAGUUUGCAUUUAUUUACGUAGAUGUGUAUGGGCGAAAUUUGGUGAAAAAAAUGCCUGUGUAAAUUUGAGAGCUCCUAGUUGCUGCAUUUCAUACAUUCUGUUUCCGGCCAACCAGAGGUAUUUCGCACCUCUUCUACAGUGAAUGAAAAUGAUUGUGGAAACUCACCUGUGUGUAUAUGGGGAUAUGUGUGUGACUAGAUGUAUAUAUCAGUAUAUAAAAGAGUCUAUACUGUUAAAUAAUGCACAAAACUAAUGGAAAUAUACUGUAGGUAUCAUAUUUUACUUGUUCUUUAAGUACUUUCAAAUGUGAAUUGUCCUGGAGAGAUUAUUUUUCUGUAUGUAUAUCAAAAUAUUUUUAGGAUCUAAUUUAAGUGCAUUUAACUGUAGCAGACAAACCCCCACAAUCUAAUAUAUUCUGUGAGCAUAAACUGCUUACCUAGAUUCAGUUCAACUGAAUUUGUUAUAUUUAAAAAAAAAAAAGGAAAACCUGUAGACUCCCCAUAUUAGUAGUAAGCAUAUAUACACUUGCUAGCAAGCAAUUCAAAGGGGUCAUUUCUCUGGUUCCAGAUUGGAUUGAGAAUAAUUGGCUGGUACUCCACUAAGUUGGAAAGUAACCUAUUGCUGAGCUAACAGAAGAGAAUGCUCGUUUUAUUAAAUUAUAUGUCCAAAAUGUGAAUUUUUGGGACCUCUUAUGAGGAAGGAUAAUAGCAAUGCAGAGAGCUCUCUGUGACUACAAAGAAAUGUAGUCCAGAAGGAUCUAGCAUUGCUCUCUAAGAGGACUUCACAUAGAUUAACAGUUUCUUAAGAACUCAGAACCAAGGACAAAAUCUUAACUAGUCUCUGCCCUCUUUCCUUUAAACAGGACUCGUUCAGGCGAGCCAGGUUCAGGCUUGACAUCUCUGAAAAAUGUGGGGACUAUUUUCAACUUCAUCUUUAGUUACACAGCCAGUUGUCCCAAGUUAACUGAAAGUCUGAAGUAUCUGGAUUGAUCCAUUUCCAUAGAGGCAAAGAGUAUGACCUCCACAAAGCAGGUAGAGCAAAAAUCCCACGAUGCCUGUUUCUCUUUCAAGAGCAACAGACAUGUCUUCAUCUCUUGUCCUUCCCCCUACCUAGAAGAAUAAAAGGGGCAGGUUCCCAAAUUAGUCACUGGGCAACUCUCUUUGAGAGGGGGUAUAGUCCACUGAUGCUAAGGAUGGAAUUUUGUUGAAUUUCUAUAGUGUUAAGGACUGCUAGUGGUUUCUUUAUAUGCCACUGGAGAGCUUUGCUAUCUGGAAGUGGGUACCAAAUGGAUUCUCAGUCUGCUGAGGUAAAUAGCCAGAGGUAGCUUCUUAUAGGUGUUUGAAGUUCCUCUCAGUAGUUUUCUUUGUCUUAAUGCUGUAAACAGCCAGAGGAGUCUUCCCUUUUUCCUUAAAAAGGGGAAAAUACCAUUGUGUACCAGUACCAAGUGCUGAUGAAAUACUCAAAAUGACUAGAUAGCUGUUACACACUGCUGUCAUAUAGACUUGUCUGAGUUCCAGGGAAGCAGGGACAAUCAAAUUCAAAAGAGGCUGAGAUGCAGAUUUAUUGCUCAAAGUUAUGGCAUACCUUGAGUAUUCUGUAGGCUCAUUAUAAUGUGGGAACAGCUGGUUGGUUUCAAUUCUGAGGAAGGUAUUGGCAUUUUUUAAAGCAGCCACAAAAUCAGUAGAACUUUUUAUUCUUGUACACAUGAAAUUAAAAAAAAAAAAGAAACUCUUUAAAUGUACUUGGAUAUUUGGUCUGCGGUUUAUUGGUUUAAGUUCAUGUAGUUUGUGAAAGGAAUGAGAAAAGGCAGGACCUAUUCUAGUGGAUUGUGGGAAGGGGUUGUUUUUGUACAAAAAGGUUCUAUCAGAGUUACCUUUCUGUAUUGACAGAGGAAAUUAAUGGCACUACAAAGAAAGUCUACUCCUGUGCAUUUUAUUUCACACAGAUGAGAUUGUAGUUGUGCAAGUGAAAUUAUGCAAAAAUAAACUUUUUCAAAAAAUGACAA